CAAUGUUCAACAUUCAUUUUUUAAACAAUAUUUAUUUCCAUCGCUUAAUAAAAUAACAACUCCUGUAUGAAAAUUGUUUGACACUUGUUGAACAAAUGUUAGACUUUUUAACUUAGGGAUGUUAGAAGAUAAUUAAAAAUAUUAUUAUUUAACAAUUUUUAAACCAUGUUCUUUUUACUAGGUAUCGAUCAUUUUUAACAAAUGCUUGCAAUUCUAUUUAAUUGAACAAUAAAAAUGGCAGUAUAUGAUUUUCGGAAUUUCUCGUCAAGCAAGUUUGUUGAUGAUUUCGGAAGAGAAUUUAAGAAACAUGAAGUGCUUUGGCAAUCAUACUUCCUUAUGGACCCGAAUCAAAUACAGUUUGCAAAGAACAAAGCAUACAAAUGUAUUGCAUACAAACUCGACUUGACGGUGGACAGGGUCAUCGAACUGUUAAAGGAUUUCCCAAAUGUUUGCUUCGACAUGUUGAAACAGACAUUCACAAAAAAAUAUAACACGUCAGGUUCCAGUGUGUCGGACGGCCCGAGACAGCAAUUGCCAAAAUGGCUGCUGUACCUGAUGAUGAAGUCUGAUAUGUUUGAGAAGUUAAAACAGAAUGAACAACUCAAUACAGUCACUACGUCCAACGAGCCGGAUGUUCUCAUACAGGAACUGCUGACCAGCGUGGAGCUCUCGCUGGAAGGUAGCUACGGCAAGAAGAUCCAAAGACUCAAAGGCCCAUGUGCUGUUAAAUACUUUGCAAAAAAAUAUGGCGUCAGAGUCGCUGACGUGUUAUCAGUAUGGCAGGGAAUCUACAACUUGUGCUUAUUAAAACUGAAAGCGCUGUUAAAUUUGAGCAGUCGUCUUCAUGAUGUGCCGGGAACCCUUAGGCUGAAUCACCAAGAGUGGAAGGUCACUGACCUCAUUCUGCUAUACAAACAUGAUUUAAAACUCAUCAACUUGUCCAACUUUUCGACCGGACGCAAACACAGCUCGCUCAUCCUUCUUUACAAACUAAUGGUCGCCGCGAGAAGUUAUUAUCAGCAAGAAAUACACGUUGAUAACAGAGAUGACGCCAGAGAUGAAAACAAUGAAAGAGAUGAAUGUGAUGAUGAGGCAGACAAAGAUACUGCGGCCGUGUUAAAAGAUUUGAACAGAAAUAACGCUGGCAAGUCUAGUCCAGAGGCUAUGGACGAGGGGGAAAAUAAUGAAAUCACACAAAGAACAGAGCAAGCGAAUGCUGCUGUCGCGGAAAACGAAAAAGACGAACUGGAAUCAAACAGUUGCAAGGAUGUUCCAGCGCUCGUGCUGAAGGUGGAGGGCAUUGACGAGAACAACUGGUACGGGCGGGCUGUGGAGCAAAAGGUCGUCUGGGCGCUGGUUUACACCGGGUUCAUUAAUCGUGGUCGUUCCGCUUCCAUCAUAUAUCUCCAGCGUCGCUGGUUGGAACUCGUUCAUCUAGCUCGUAACACAAUCCUCAAUGUAUGGAAUUCGGAGGACAAAGAUGUGAAGGUUCACCCGCUUCUGCCGUUACUCGUCAACAGGUUCCCGGAGAUAAUAACAGACUAUUUGCCGCCAUGGCGUCAGAUAGUGAGGGAGAGGCUGUACGUGAUGGAGUCUGAUAUAGAAGAUCUUCUCAUUGAAUGUCUCCAAAACGAAAAACUCAAUUUGGACAUCAACGAGGAUUUAAGUGACUCGGAUUUCAUAAAGGAGUUCUACGAGAACGAAUUGAGUUGUUUGAAUACAAACGACAAGAUGUAUAACGAGAACUUAGAAGUGACGGAUAUAUUAGAGAAGAUUGAUCCGAGCAAAGCGAAGGUCACUAUUAAGUUCGAGGAUUCGGAUGACGGUGACAUGUGUGGUGACAGCGUUUAUGGAGAAGUGAAUUUCGAUUGCUCCGGAGAAGACUCUCAGUACGUGAACCAGUAUGACGACAUGAGCUUGGAUCUGAUCGACAAUAUUGAUAGGGAUAUCAAGGAGGAAUAUGAUCUGCUGGAUAACACGGAUUCCAUGGGAACCAGCGUCACGGGGGACGCGGUCAGAGCUUAUAAUGAAAAUAAUAGCACUGAUGAUGUGUUUAUAAAAAGUGAGGAUCAGAUAAAAAGCGAAGCUGAAGAUAACAUAUGGCAGGAAGCGGAAAUAAGUCCGGAGGAAGUGAAACGAGAAGGUAGUCCUGAUAUAGACGAGAAAUUAAUCAAGGAAUCCCAUGUCGUAUUGACGCCCGUCGACAAUUUCAACGAGUGGAAGAAGUAUUCCAGAGAUGGCACAAUAAGUUGUAGAAGAUUCAGCAUCAAGAACUUUUCUAAACUAAUCGUUAUCGAUUCUAAGCAGUUGCGGAAAUGCAGACGCUACGUCAACAAAGAUAAUACAAAUGAAAUCGAUAGAUAUUUUAACUGUCGCAUAAAAUAUGAAAACGUAGAUAAUGCUGAAGACGUCAGGUCGGAAACGAUCGCUGGAGAAAAAGUCAAAGAGUUAAAUGCGAUGCCAUACAUAGCUAGGAAAAAUCGGAUUGAGUUGACAAAGAAACUUAAGUUGUCAAGGACAUAUUACACGUCCGGUUUCUGGUGUAACGAGAGGAAUAUUGAACGUUUGAGGCAAUGUAGGCCGAUGCACGUAAAACUAUGUCCAUCGAGAAUACCAAAGAAAGUCGAGUUGUCCGAUAUAAACGAGGUAAGGAAGAUCAACAGUAUGCUGCAGACGGCUCGCGUGUCGCCCACACCAGCGGCGGUCGAUAACCAUCAGACAUGUGACGUCACAAUGAGUGAAGUGAACUCGACCAGUCAUCAUGUUUACGAACACGCUAACGUCCACGGUGACGGACAAACGGCAACUAACAGUCCGACCAGUAUAGUUGACAGGAGUCUAUCAGAAUUACAAAAACUAUUGAAAGAAUUACCAGAACCGAGUACGAGAACAGCGGAGAGUAAAAUAACCACGAAACCGAGAAGUGACACCACCGGCAGCAGUUUCAUGGAUUCCGUCAUAGAGAGUAUAAGAUCAGAAAACAAUGGCAUGUUCUCGAUGCCGUCCCAGCAUCCCGCCGCAGACACGCCGACGUCAAACCCCACCGACAGCUCUAACUCCAACGACGACGCAACGAAAUCAAAUAAAACUCCCGUCAAUACUAAAUCUGUAAUCCAAUGUUUGGAAGAAACAUUAAGAGACGAAGCCAACGCCAAGCUGCGAGACAGUAUACUGGCUCUGGCCAAGAAGAAGAUGAUGCCGAAGGCUGAUGACGUGAAGGUGCUGGUGAAAGAUCUGGCGGCCAAAUGCGAAACCUUGAAAUACAAGGACGAUGGAGAUCUGCUCCCCAAGCUGUGGAAAAUACACGAAUAUAGAGUGGCGAGGCACAAGAAGGAACUCACGAGGAACAUCAUAGUGCUGACGAAGUAUCUGCCUCAGUUUAAAGCAUUCCUAAAAAAACGUAGAAAGAGAAUCAGAAACAGGAAAAUUAUAAAGAAAACAGACAAACUUACUGAUAAGAGUCAUAAUAAUACUGAUAAGAGUCAUAAUAAUACUGAUAAGAGUCAUAAUAACGAGAAAAGUGAAGCGAGCGCUGUUCCUAAAGAUGACGAUGAUGAUGAUAGCGAACCGAACUUGGUGAUCGAUGAGAGUGUCAAAGAAACCAAAGAUGAUGAGAAGGAAGAGUGUCGGAAAGACAACAACAAGAACGUAAGAGAUAACACAAAGACGCGAGCGGACGGGAAACACAAAAAUAACCGAAAGAAGAAGCGAAUAGAGAAACCGAACGAUGAAGAGAAACCUCUCCACGACGAAUACCAAGAGUGGCAGAGACAGAAGACGAUGAACCUGAAGUACUUUACCUUACCGAACAACAGCCAAACGACAGACAAGCCGUCUAAAGAUAGCGGCGAUAAAGAUAAGAAGAAAAGCAAAACUGCGGGUAGUUUGAAAAACAAAACCAUCGGCACGAACACAGACAACGUCGCUCAAACGGAGUCUGUCGUGCUGAUCAGUGACAGUGACAGUGACGUGCAAAUAGUGGAUAGUGACGGCACCAACCCGCCGACGAACAAACAGGGUAUAAAUCAGCCUAUUAACUUGGAUUUGGACAGGAUAUCCAAAGAUUCAAAACAAUUUGUGUAUCCCGCGAUGAAUCUUCACCCACCACCUAUAUACAUCGUGUACAACAACCUUAUAGCAAAUAAUGGUACUCCAACACCAGCCAGUUACAGUCAGGUGGUUGUUCAAGUGCAUCCUUUGGCGAUCCCGCCGCCAGCGCAGGAUCUGAUGAAGAAGCCAGCGAACAUACCAGUCGCGAGUGUUGAAGAUCUCACGAAAGAUAAGCCACGUAGAGAGUCGGGUGUCUCAGAGACGGCGCUGAACACCGAACCCUCCGACGCGCCGUCGCCACAUGUUGACAAGCUGUCCUGGAUAUCUCCUCCAAGCUCCACGAUAAACCUUAAAGAGUACACCGCUAACUACAACAUUCUGUCGGCGCCUCUCAUCAAAGUGGAUCAAAUGAAGAAACUUCUGUGUUUACUGAACAAGUACAUAUUGUUGACGGACGUAAACCUUCCGUGCGACCAGCCCACAUUCAGGACGAUCGGCUCCAAAAAUACUAAAUGCUUGACGGAGGUCCUCAUGGGCAGCUCCGGGGACGUACUGUUGCUGGGCAAGAAAGGUUCCAAGGAUUAUAGGGUCUGCAAGUGUGAGGAUAGUUCGGAAAAUAAGUGUGAUCUGUGUAUUGUGGCUCACGCGGCCGACGGGACCCGGUUGAAUCUUAUCAAGAUUAGAAGGAACACCUUCAAGAGGAUAGCGGACUACCCUCUGAAGUACGUCCGCCUGAGUGCCGAAGAAGUCAGAAGAACCACCAGAGCUAUUCUGGAGUUGAUUCCCGACAUCAUCUUCAUGAACCUCAUGUUCUAUAAGAGGCUGGCCUCGUCUCCGCUACUAUACAGCAGGCUUCUAUCCGCCAUACCGGACGAGGAGUGCUUCCGCCAGCUGAUCUCCAAGGACGUGGAGCUGUACUGGCUGGACAUGAGCCAGCCGCUGACUCAGUACCGCCCUCUGUACUACUCCAAAACCAACGGAACCUUCUCCACGACACAUCCGGAUCCGGAACUGGAUAAAGUGCUAUCUUGGAUUGUAAAUAAAAAGUCAUAGCUAUUAAGCGAUGGAUACAUCGCGUGUGUUGAUAUCGAUCGAAGGCUGUUUUAAUUAUUUUAUUAGUAAGGUAGCUCGUGUGACCACUCUCUCUCUCUCUCUCUCCCUCUCCCGCGUAACAUAGCUUCGUCUCGUUUCUUCAUAUUUAAGUUUUGUACGACAGUAUUAUAGUUACCUUCACGCUCAAUUCCUUAUACGUAUACGUGGAGUCUCCGACAACUAAACAUAUUUUUAUGUUAAAGAGGGAUUUUGAAAUAAAAAAAUAAUAGUUAAUAUUUUAAAAUUUUUCUCGAUGACAUUAUGGUUAUAUUUUAAAAUGAAUUUCAAUUGCAUUAGAAUGUUCUUCGUUCAACCAACUCCCUCCACUUGCGAAUGUCUGUGAGACCUCGGUCCCUGUGUAGUUGUCUGUGUUAACCAGACUGAGUCUAGACUGAGUGAACCACCCUGUAUAUCACCACUUGCGUUCUACCCGCGCGUGCUCACUAUUCAUGAUGUAUGUCUCGUGUUAAUAUUGUCGCUGUUCAUGUCAUAGUAUAUAAUAAAGGUACAUUUGUAUGA